GAACCGAGACAAAGGUUCCUAACACUUAGACUUUCAAGUUUCGACGCCAAGAGAAUCCCUUUUGCUCCUUCUUCCGGAGCGAAGUCCCCCAAUGUUUCAUUGAUAUUAGGGUUCUUUACGAGAAAAGCAUCCAUCUUUGCCAUUAGGGCCGUUAAAAUCGAACGGAAAGCGGAGCAACAUGCUUGCUCGAUCGGCGUCGAAAUGCUUUGCCGUGAGGGCGGGCGAGCUAAUACUUCGCAAGGACUUGAGCUUUUCCUCUUCGAUUCGUUACAAUGAUAAUUGCAAUUGUCGUCGCAUAAUCCUUAGUAGCUGCAGCAGCAUCUACGGGAAUUUCCCAUUUUUGUCAAACACAAACUGCAACACUAGAACCCCUGGUAAUUGUUAUAGCUAUAGGCGCAAAGCAGAUUCAUUUUCAUAUAGAGAUACAAAUGGAAGUGGAAACCGCUUCAUCCAGGUCAAAGCAUUCCGUUCGGAAUCUGGUUCCCAACCACUACGAACCUCACCCAAGUCCAUUUUUCAUUUUCCGUUCUCAACGUCAGCUGCUGCUGCUGCUGGUCCCCCUCAUGAUGAUAACAAAAUCAAGGCGCCAGCCACAGCGGACCACCAACGGCAAGUGACGGACAUGAAAAUUUUACGCACUCUGGGUAGUUACUUGUGGAUGAAAGACAAUCUCGAAUUCCGCUUCAGAGUCAUCGCUGCCCUGGGGUUUCUUGUUGGUGCUAAGGUUUUGAAUGUUCAGGUCCCCUUCCUCUUCAAGCUUGCGGUUGAUUGGUUGACCGUUGCCACCGGCAAUGCCACAGCUCUAGCUUCUUUCAAUACUGCCAAUUCAACUCUUUUAGCACUUUUUGCCACUCCAGCUGCUGUUAUUAUUGGAUAUGGCAUUGCACGCGCUGGGGCUUCUGCUUUCAAUGAACUGCGGACUGCUGUGUUUUCGAAGGUUGCAUUGCGAACCAUUCGAUCUGUAUCUAGGAAGGUAUUUUCACAUUUGCAUGACCUCGACCUUGGCUACCAUCUUAGUCGAGAAACGGGUGCACUAAAUAGAAUAAUUGAUCGUGGUAGCCGUGCGAUCAACUUUAUUCUCUCAUCUAUGGUGUUCAAUAUUGUACCCACCAUUUUAGAGAUAUCCAUGGUGUCUGGUAUUCUGGCCUACAAAUUUGGAGCACCGUUUGCUUGGAUUACUUCACUUUCAGUUGCUGCGUAUGUUAUUUUCACAUUGUCAGUGACACAGUGGAGGACCAAGUUUAGAAAGGCCAUGAAUAAAGCUGAUAAUGAUGCAAGUACAAGAGCGAUUGAUUCUCUUAUUAACUAUGAGACUGUCAAGUAUUUCAACAAUGAAGCUUAUGAGGUUGACAAAUAUGAUGAAUUCUUGGAGAGAUAUGAACAUGCGGCAAUAAAAACACAACGCAGUCUUGCUUUUCUUAAUUUUGGCCAAAAUGCUAUAUUUAGCACUGCUCUCUCCACAGCUAUGGUGUUGUGUUCACAAGGGAUAAUGGGUGGCCAGAUGACAGUUGGUGACUUGGUCAUGGUAAAUGGGCUACUCUUCCAGCUAUCUCUACCUCUCAAUUUUCUUGGCAGUGUAUUCCGUGAGACCAUACAGAGUCUUGUUGACAUGAAGUCAAUGUUUCAAUUACUUGAGGAAAGGGCUGAAAUUAGAGAAAAAGAUAAUGCAAAGUCUCUGAAGUUAAGUGGAGGCAGCAUUCAGUUUGAUAAUGUACACUUCAGUUACAUGACGGAAAGAAAGAUUCUCAAUGGGGUAUCUUUUGUUGUACCGGCUGGAAAAAGUGUGGCUAUUGUUGGAACCAGUGGCAGUGGCAAGUCAACCAUUCUCAGGUUGCUCUUCAGGUUUUAUGACGCUCACUCUGGGAAUAUAAAUAUUGAUGGUCAAGACAUACGGGAUGUGACACUGGAUAGUCUGCGCAGGUCCAUCGGUGUUGUGCCCCAAGAUACUGUACUUUUCAAUGACACGAUAUUUCACAAUAUUCGUUAUGGUCGUCUUUCUGCGGCAGAAGAAGAUGUCUACGAUGCAGCUCGCCGUGCAGCCAUCCAUGACACUAUCAUGAAAUUCCCUCAGAAAUAUUCUACUGUUGUAGGAGAACGAGGUCUUAAGUUAAGUGGUGGUGAGAAGCAGCGGGUGUCACUGGCUCGUGCAUUCUUGAAAGCUCCAGCAAUUCUGCUUUGUGACGAGGCUACAAGUGCACUUGACAGCACAACAGAAUCAGAGAUAUUGAAUGCGCUGAAGUCCCUAGCAAAUGAUAGAACUUCAGUCUUCAUUGCCCAUAGGCUUACAACUGCAAUGCAGUGUGAUGAGAUAAUAGUUCUGGAGGAUGGGAAAGUGAUUGAACAGGGACCCCAUGAAGUUCUAUUAGCAAAGGAUGGGAGAUAUGCCCAAUUAUGGACACAACAAAACAAUACAUUGGAUGCAAUUGAUACGGCUACUAAAUUGAAGGCAUGAAUGUUAUGCUUGUUGUUCCAAAAGAAUACCAUGAGGCAUCUGCACUUCAGGAAUAUGGGCUCUAAUUGGUGUGAUGACUGAUGAGGGGUAUUUUUUUUCCUGAAAUCAAUAUGAUUAGGGAGGGGAAAUUUUGGCCAGUUGUGUCACGAAAAGUGCUGGUUGAGAUGGGUUUGGGGCACCCAUGAUGGGUCCUGACCUGUGGUAAUUGGGUGAGGUGGGGAGGCCCCAAAGGGUGUGAUUUCUCUGUUGAAACAAUUGUCACAAAAGUAAGAAUAAAAAACUCUCUCAAUAGGCUCUCCCUCUCAACUGUGUAAGAGCUCCAUUUUAAUUUAUGGGCAUCAUGGUGUGCUCAUUUAUUGUGAUGCAUCUUUAAUUAGCAUGUAUUUGAUUCUGGUAUGUUGUGAAAAUAUUAUUUUUGUUCAUAUUUAAUGCAUGGGAUCUUCCAACA